GUCGAUUGAAUGCAAGUCCCAUCCCACCUGGUCCACGUUCCAGCCCAAUUCUGCAGGAGUCAUUCAAUACCCUCGUAUGGGCACCCGGCAGUAGCAAGGCUUAUCGCCGCUAUCUAUGGAGACUGGCGGAUGUUCCGUGGCAGGAGACUUGGCGAUACGUCUGCGAUUCGCUCUAUCGCAGCGCAUUGACGUCCCAGUCCUGUGGGUGACGCCAUAGACGAUCGCAGCUGCAUUUAGGUCUCGGAUCGCUCGCACCAUGAAAGCACCGGAACGGAUACCCAGAUUUGGAACGCGGAAGUUGAGUGAGUGCGGUUGUGUUCCGGGACCAAGCAUCCUUCCGGAUCUGCCAAGACGGGAGAUUAGGCUGACAUUCCAGUCAACGAUUGUUCCGGAGUCUGCAGUCUUGGAUACAAGUCUGA